AUGCCUUCAAACAUUUCAAACGAAUCUGCUUUUGCAUCAAAAUCGGUAAUUGUCGCUCCUCUAGUUUUAUUAUCUGUAGUGGAUCACUAUAAUAGAGUUGCCAAAGAUACUAAAAAAAGAUGUGUUGGUGUUAUAUUAGGCGAUAAUUCUCCCAACUCAAAUCAAAUCAGAGUAUCAAACUCAUUUGCUAUUCCCUUUGAAGAAGAUGAUAAAAACCCCAAUGUCUGGUUCUUGGACCACAACUACAUCGAAUCAAUGAACGACAUGUUCAAGAAAAUUAAUGCAAAGGAAAAACUAAUCGGUUGGUACCAUUCUGGUCCAAAGCUAAGAAAAAAUGACUUAAAAAUUAACGACUUAUUCAAAAAAUACACUCCCAACCCUUUAUUACUAAUUGUCGAUGUUAAACCAAAUAAUGAAUUUGGCGGUUUACCAACUGACUCCUACAUAGCAAUUGAAGAAAUUAAAGAUGAUGGUUCAUCUUCUGAAAAGACCUUUGUUCAUAUUCCCUCCAUAAUUGAAGCUGAAGAAGCUGAAGAAAUCGGUGUAGAACAUCUAUUAAGAGAUAUUAGAGAUCAAGCUGCAGGUAAUUUAUCUCUAAAAAUCACCAACCAAUUGCAAUCUCUUAAUGGAUUAAAUAAAAGAUUAAAAAAUAUUCUCAAUUAUCUUAAUAAAGUUAUCAAUAAAGAAUUGCCAAUAAACCAUGUUAUUUUAGGCAAAUUACAAGAUAUUUUUAAUUUAUUGCCAAAUUUAAUUAACCCAGCAGACUUAAAUCCACAAUCUUCUUCAAUUGAUAAUGAUAUCACAAAUUCAAUCACAAAAUUAAAUUUAAAUUCAAAUCCUCUAUUAAAUUCUUCUCCCGAUCUUAAUAAUGCAUUUACUGUUAAGACUAACGAUCAAUUAAUGUUGAUUUAUAUAAGCAGUUUGGUUAGAGCGAUUAUUUCCUUCCAUGAUUUAAUUGAUAAUAAAAUCGAAAACAAAAAACUAAGUUUAAAAGAAAAAACCACCGAUGAUACCGAUAACGAUUCAAAUAAUACAAGUGAUGAAAAUUCUAAAGAAAAAGAUGACAAUUCUUUAAAAAAAGAUGAUAAACUCAAAAAGUAA